AUGAUCACAUGGCACGACCUCUACACAGUUCUCACUGCGGUAAUCCCACUAUACGUCGCUAUGAUCCUCGCUUACGGCUCCGUCCGUUGGUGGAAACUCUUCUCACCGGACCAAUGCUCGGGAAUAAACCGCUUCGUCGAGAUAUUCGCCGUCCCUCUCCUCACCUUCCACUUCAUCUCCACCAACAACCCUUACACCAUGAAUCUUCGUUUCAUCGCCGCCGACACUCUCCAGAAACUAAUCAUCCUCACUCUCCUAACCCUAUGGGCUAACUUCACCCGCUCAGGUAGUCUCGAGUGGAGCAUCACUCUCUUCUCCCUCUCCACGCUCCCCAACACGCUCGUCAUGGGAAUCCCUCUGUUGAACGCCAUGUACGGAGAUUACUACUCCGACUCGCUGAUGGUCCAGGUGGUCGUUCUCCAGUGUAUAAUAUGGCACACGGUUCUCCUCUUCUUAUUUGAGUACAGAGGAGCUAAGAAUCUGAUAAUGGAGCAGUUUCCUGAGACGGCUGCUUGUAUUGUGUCUUUCGACGUAAAAUCCGACGUCGUUUCGUUGGAUGGGAAUAACGUACUUGAAACUGACGCUGAGAUACGAGGGGAUGGGAAGUUACACGUCACGGUGAGGAAAUCAAACGCUUCGAGGAGAUCUUUAUGCUCUUCAAGUAUGACUCCACGUCCUUCUAAUAUCAGCGGAGCUGAGAUUUAUAGCCUUAACACGACUCCAAGAGGUUCCAACUUUAAUCACUCGGACUUCUAUUCAUUGAACUUUGGUCAGUCUUCGUCUAGGGGACAAACUCCUAGGCCUUCAAAUUUCGAGGAGAGUUGUUGUAUGGCUUCGUCGUCUGGGUUCGGGUAUUACCCGGGUACUUCCGGGUCAUACCCAACCCAGAAUACGGAGUUUUCCUCCUCAGUCACCAAAAAACAUCAUAUGGGAGGCAAAUCUAGUAGUCAUGAAGCUAAGGGGCUCCAUAUGCUCGUCUUGGGCUCCAACGGGUCACCCGUUUUGGAUAGAGCUAAUGAACAAGCCGGAGGAUCCGACCAGGGAGCAAAAGAGAUUCGAAUGAUAGUCCCGGAUCCUCCUCAAAACGUAGAAACUAAAGCUACUGGUCCGAGGAAUGUAGACAGUAGCGGGGAAGGUGAAUCCGAGAGAGUGAAGGAAGUGCCAAGCGGACUACACAAGCGUUGGUGUAACUCCACGGGUGAGCUAAACCCUAAUGAAGCGGUGGAAACUGGACCGGGACAACAUAUGCCCCCGGCGAGUGUGAUGACUAGGUUGAUACUGAUGAUGGUGUGGAGGAAACUUAUCAGGAACCCAAACACUUACUCCACUCUCACUGGUCUCAUAUGGGCUCUCGUUGCUUUCCGCUGGAAUGUGGCAAUGCCUAAAAUCAUUCAGCAAUCAAUCUCAAUCCUCUCUGAUGCUGGUCUUGGUAUGGCAAUGUUCAGUUUGGGGUUGUUCAUGGCGUUACAACCUAAAUUAAUCCCUUGUGGAAAUUCUAUGGCAACUUUUGCAAUGGCGGUGAGGUUCUUGACAGGACCAGCUGUAAUGGCUGUUUCUUCCAUGGCUAUUGGAUUACGCGGAGAUCUAUUACGUGUGGCCAUAGUUCAAGCUGCAUUGCCUCAAGGAAUCAUGCCAUUUGUGUUUGCAAAAGAAUACAAUGUUCAUCCGGCAAUCUUAAGUACAGGGGCAAUAUUUGGAAUGCUUGUUGCACUACCGAUCACACUUCUUUACCACAUUCUACUUGGGCUAUAA